AUGAUGUGGCUGUUUUUAACAACAACCUGUUUGAUUUGUGGAAAUUUAAUUGCUGAUAAACUCUUUAAUUUGGAAAAUGAAGCAAAUCCUGAAGUGUGGAUGAAUACUAGUGAAAUCAUCACCUAUAAUGGCUACCCUAGUGAAGAGUAUGAGGUUGUCACUCAAGAUGGGUACAUCCUCAACAUCAACAGAAUUCCUCACGGGCGAAGAGACACUAGGAGUGCAGGUCCCCGGCCAGUAGUGUACUUGCAGCAUGCCCUGUUUAUAGACAAUUCCUGCUGGCUUAAGAAUUAUGCCAAUGGAAGCCUUGGAUUCAUUCUCGCAGACGCAGGUUACGAUGUCUGGCUGGGGAACAGUCGGGGGAACCUUUGGUCAAGAAAACACAAAACACUGCCAGUGACUGAAGAAGAAUACUGGGCCUUUAGUUUUGAUGAAAUGGCCAAAUAUGAUCUCCCGAGCAUAAUAGACUUCAUUGUAAAUAAAACUGGGCAGGAGGAGUUGUAUUAUGUUGGACAUUCACUUGGCACUACAAUAGGGUUUGCAGCCUUUUCCACCAUGCCUGAAGUGGCUCGGAGAAUCAAAAUGAAUUUUGCCUUGAGUCCUGUGGCCUCAUUCAAAUAUCCCAAGGGUAUUUUUACCAGUUUUUUUCUACUUCCAAGUUCUUCAAUCAAGAAACUGUUUGGUACCAAAGGUGUCUUUACAGCAGAUAAGACAGCGAAGACAACUUUUGUCAAAAUCUGCAACAAUAAAAUAUUACGGGUGAUAUGUCGUGAAGUAAUGGACUUAUGGGCAGGGUUAAUCAGGAACAAUCUGAAUAUGAGUCGGAUGGACGUGUACAUGUCACACUCUCCCACCGGAUCGUCAAUACAGAACGUCCUGCAUAUAAAGCAGCUUUACAGAUCUAAUGAAUUCAGAGCUUAUGACUGGGGAAGUGAAGCUGAAAACAUGCGUCACUACAAUCAGAGUCGCCCCCCAGUGUAUGACUUGACUGCCAUGACAGUGCCUACUGCUAUUUGGGUUGGUGGAAACGAUGUCCUUAUAACAAUCCAGGAUGUGGCCAGGAUACUCCCCCAAAUCAGGAAUCUCCAUUACUUCCAGUUUUUGCCAGAUUGGAACCACGUUGAUUUCAUCUGGGGCCUUGAUGCUCCUGCACGGAUGUACAAUACAAUCCUAGACUUGAUGAAGACAUGUUCCUGA